AUGGUAAAGGGAAUUGCAAUAGGAAUGAGUCAUGCAGUGAUUCCCAUCUUUCAAUAUGAGAUUAUUCCAUCUGGAAGAAGAGGCAGGAUAUUGUCCUUUUACAUUUUGGCAACCAGUCUUGGAAAUUUGCUUAUGUACCUGUUGCCUAUGAUGACUAUGCAAAUAUUGAAUGAGGACCAGUAUAUAAAAUUGCACUGGUUGAUUGAUCUUAUCCCCAUUUCCUUCGCAUCAGUCUCAAUUAUGCUCUUCCCUGAAAGCCCCAAAUGGUUAGCAUCAAACAAUGAGUGGGAAAUAGCUGCUGAAGUACUAGAGAGUAUUGAGACGGCAAAUUCUGAAAAAAGUGUUAGAAACAAAUACAAACGUGAGAGAAAGCGACUUGGUGAUAAACACUAUGUUGUCAAGAAGUAUUCCACUGCAGUCAAUGUGAGGAGUUGCUCGAUGAAUGCAUUGUUUGGUAGGAAAUAUAUUCGAGAAGUAAGCACGGGAAUCUUGUUACAAUUAACGAUUGACCUUAUUGGAGUUAUUAGGUUGCUAGAUUCAAUGCGUUCUAUAUGUAUUGCGUGUCAGGUACAAACGUUGAACGAAAUGAGAAUAGUACUGGAAUUUGACUUGGUGAUGAGAUACAUAUUCAUAUUAGCACCAAUGGGGGUUAUUGACUUAUUAAGAAGAAAGGACGUCUUAAUGUUUGGGAUGACUGUCAAUACCACAUUGGUGGGUGCUUACUCCAUCAUGUUUCUAGGGUUUUCAAGGGAGAAUGAAACGAGCCAGUUUAACUUAGAUAUCGAGUGGGGAUUGAAGGUAGAGUUUGGCAAGGAGUGUGCAUCGAUUGUAUUGGCACUAACAGUACUAAUGGACAUGGUUUUCCACUCCUUGAUUUUACCUGUUUGCUGGUUAUAUAUAUUGGAGAGCUUUUCCUCGUCAACCAGGUCCAAAGGCUGGAUAGUCAUUACAAGUUUGCACUGGCUAUUUGAGUGUUCAUUAUCUUUGAUUUUUCCAUUCUUGUUUUCAACUUUAAAUGGUUGGUUGAUUUUGAUCCUAUUUUUGAUUUCUUUGAGCGGUACUUUGAUAAUGUCACAGUUGAAAGAAACAAAAGAGAAUUCCUCAGUAGGUUCGGUGUUUUUAAGCUCAAAGCAUUCAAACAACGAUUGA